GAAAAAGCAGUCUCGGUUUUAAACACGUUCUUGUAAAGACUUGUGUUUUAGAUGAAGAAAUCCCAAGCAGAAAAAAUCCGGAAGCAAACUUCACCACGUGAAGUCAGCUUUAGGUUGAAGUCGUCAGAUAACAUGACACUCAUGAUGCGUGAGGCCUGCCAAUCAGAGACUAACUUCAUUCCGGAGUAAAACUUGUUUUUACGCUUGUGUUCACACCAGCGAUGGUUUCAAUCCUGUCAAGGAAGGGAAACGGUCGGUCAUGUGACGCUGAAACUGGCUCCUCCGAUCCAGAUGUGAGAGUUCUUCGGCUGGCGGACGGACAUGGACCCGCGCUUCCAGGACUGGAUGUCGGCUUUGCCGGAGGAGCUGUGGGACAUCCCGCUGACCCAGCUGGCCAUACCCGGUAGCCAUGACGCAAUGAGUUACUGUCUGGACAUCACCUCUCCACUGGUCAGAUCUGAGUCGGACUCCUUCCGGCUCCUGGACACACUUUUCUACUGCUUCACCAGGCCUAUCAUCUUCAAAUGGGCAACUACUCAGGACAAAACCAUAGAGGAGCAGCUGUCGAUGGGGAUUCGCUACUUUGAUCUCCGCAUUGCUCACAAACCCCACGACUCAUCGUGCGACCUUUACUUCACGCACGUCAUUUACACACAUUUGACCGUCCUGGAGACACUUCGGUCUGUUGCUGCCUGGUUGAAGUUGCACCCCAAGGAGGUCGUCAUCCUGGCUUGCAGCCACUUCGAGGGGAUAGAUGACCGAUUUCACGAGUCGUUCAUCGUCUGCUUAAAGAGGCUGUUCGGUUCGAAGCUGUGUCCAUGGAAGGAACCCGAUCUGAGCCUGCGGCGUUUGUGGAAGUCUGGUUACCAGGUCAUCCUGUCCUACGACUCCCAGCUCACAGCCAGGCAUCCAGAGCUGUGGCCUGCCAUCCCUUACUGGUGGGCCAACUGUGACACAGCCCAGGGAGUCAUCAGCUACAUGGAGUGGCACAAAGAUCGGGGACGUCCAGGUUGCUUCUUCGUGACUGGCCUUAACCUCACAGCGGCCAGGAGCUACAUCACCAAGAACCCGAAGGAAUCCCUGCGGACACUAACCUACAGAAACUGGGACUGUGAGAGGAAAUGGGUGCAGGAGCAGGCUCCGGGAUCAGGAUCCACCUGCCUCAACAUCAUAGCGGGAGACUUUGUUGGUCCACUUCCGCUCUGUUCGCUGGUGAUCGAAUUGAACCACAAACUGCUGAGGAAGAUCAGCGGCCAAACCAAGACCCAUAAUUAACACUUUCAGUGUUCAGAGAGCUUCAAAAAAGGGAUUCCAACACAUAAAUACAUCUUUUAUUAAGUUU